CCUCUCCUUCCCUCGUGGAUUUCCGGGGUUUCCGGAAACUAUUUCCGCCUCCAUUUUGUUGCCUUGUAUGCGGCUAGAAGAAUUGUUGCUGCUCUUGUCUGGGGUGCGGAGAGAUAGUUUUCAGCGAUGGACGGGAUCAGUGAUGUUGCAGUUGGUGUGAAGAGGGGGUCAGAUGAGCUGCUGUCCAGCAGCAUGUACAACAGUCCCAACUCUGGGAUGAGCAGUAUCAGUGAUGGCACAUCCAAUGGAAGUGACAGCAAAAAAUUGAGAGUUGAAGAAAGGGUGGGAGAGGCUCCUCCAUCACGCGUUCUUCAUAUCCGGAAACUACCCAGUGAGGUUUCAGAGACUGAGAUCAUUGCCUUAGGAUUGCCUUUUGGAAAGGUCACUAAUAUCCUUACCUUGAAAGGCAAAAACCAGGCAUUCCUUGAACUUAGCACAGAAGAAGCAGCUAUUACCAUGGUGAACUACUAUUCAGCUGUUACACCCCACGUUCGAAAUGUCCCAGUCUUCAUUCAGUAUUCAAAUCACAAAGAGCUCAAGACUGAGACAAACCAGUCUGGAACACCCACAUCAGGCUCUGGUGAUGGAACGCUCUCAACACCCAGCAGUCCAGUCUUGAGGAUUAUCAUAGACAACAUGUUCUACCCUGUCACUCUAGAUGUGUUGCAGCAGAUCUUCUCAAAGUUUGGCACAGUUAUGAAAAUCAUCACAUUCACAAAGAACAAUCAGUUUCAGGCCUUGCUACAAUACAAUGAUGCAACGAGUGCACAGCAAGCCAAAGUGGCACUUGAUGGUCAAAACAUAUACAAUGCUUGCUGUACGCUCCGUAUAGACUACUCCAAGCUUGUCAACCUGAAUGUGAAGUACAACAAUGAUAAGAGCAGAGAUUACACUAGACCAGAGCUGCCGGCGGGUGAUGGGCAGCCUGCUGUGGACCCCACGGUGGCUGCAGCCUUUGGCAAGGACUCGAACUCCCUGCUCGGUAAGAUCCCAGGUGCUCUGAGUCCUCUGAGUGCAGCGGCAGCAGCAGCGGCAGCAGCAGGUCGAGUUGCUCUGUCUGGCCACUCGGGUAGCGGAGUGCUCCUGGUUAGCAAUCUCAAUGAUGAGAUGGUUACGCCCCAAAGUCUGUUUACCCUCUUCGGGGUGUAUGGUGAUGUGCAGCGUGUGAAGAUCCUCUACAACAAAAAAGAUAGUGCACUGAUACAGAUGGCAGAUAUGAAUCAGGCCCAACUUGCAAUGAGUCAUCUCAAUGGUCAGAAGAUGUAUUCAAAAAUCAUCCGCGUGACACUGUCCAAACAUCAGACGGUACAGUUACCCAGAGACGGCUUGGAUGAUCAAGGCCUCACCAAGGAUUUCACCAAUUCUCCUCUACAUCGUUUCAAAAAACCUGGCUCCAAAAACUUCCAGAACAUCUUCCCUCCCUCUGCCACCCUGCAUUUGUCAAACAUCCCGCAAGACAUAACUGAAGAUGACCUCAGAGUACUGUUCACUAACUCCGGAGGCACUGUGAAAGCUUUCAAAUUUUUCCAAGAUCGCAAAAUGGCUCUAAUUCAGUUAUCUACAGUUGAGGAGUCCAUUCAGUGCUUGAUCGACCUACACAACUACAACAUGGGCAACAAUCACCAUCUGAGGGUCUCAUUCUCCAAAUCAACAAUUUAAAAGAAGCUGAGACAGGUUUAAUGUUUUCUAAUGUUGCCUGUUGACUGUUUUGGUACACUGGGGACCACAUUUUGACACUUCUUUCUUUUUUUUUUUUGUUUUCUUUUUACCAGUCAUUCCCAAUGAAAAUGAGUGAAAAGAUACCAGAUUUAUCUGGGGGAAAGUAAAGAAUGCUUUACCCUGUUAGCAGUCCCCUUUGUAUUACCUCCCCCCAGUUCUUCAUUACAGGAGGUUGAUUCUUCAUAAUCCUGAUUAGUUGACAAAGAAUGUGCCUUACUCAACAAACUGUCAUAAAGAUUUUCACAUCCGUAAUCGGUCAUAAAUGCACCUCCACCACAUAGCAACACAGGCUUAUUUGUUGUGAAUGUGUUAAUGGUUUGAAAAGUCAGUUGCGUUUUGUUUUUCUUUCCCUUGUGUGAACUGUACAGUGUGUGUGAUCUUGCCACUCCAAGCUCAAGUCCAUGUGUUUUGCUUUUUUGACCAUUUUCUUGUUUUGCUUUCGAUCAGCUUGGAUUGUGGAUUUUUAAAAAAAUAAAAUCCAGUGGCGUGUAUAUACCAUACUAUUCUAGUGCUUAAUGGUCACUGCAAGUUUGAGUGUUAGCUUGCAUCCAAGUUAUUUUCAAAAGGUUAUGAUACAGUAUGCCACAUUUAAGUUUUGCAUAGUAGGCACUGAACAUGUUAAUACAUAUUAUUAGUUUGUUUUUUUUUUUGUUUUAUUUGGACAUACACCAGUUUUCUCUGCAUGCCUAGAUAAGUUGAAUCUUUGUUUAGAGAGCAGCUGUUGCAUGAGUUUUAAAGCUAACAAACAUGAGCCUGAAGUUUGACAUGAACAGUAUGUAGAAUAGGGGCUACCUGGUGGGACCAAAGUUUGUGCCUUUAGUCUUAAUUUCCUGAGCAUUCAGAUUUUUAGAACGUUCCCUGUUUUGUACUUCCCAGAAGCAAAUCCCAUAAACAUGCUGAUAUUUAUCCGGUUUGGAAAAAUGUAACGGUUACCAAGAGAUAUAACCCAUUUGCUGCCAAAGCUCCAUGGUUGUAUUUCUCACAUGACUGGACUGUACAUUUUUAAGAUGGUGAUUAAAUUCUGUAUAGUUUUCUUUCUUUUCUUUUCUUUUCUUUUUUUUUUAUACAUCUUUAGAAACAUUAAAGUGCAGUUUGGAAGUGGCACAAUUAAAAAGAUUGUUUUUUUCUAACACUGUUGGGAAGGAUUGUCUUGGUUGUGUGUUUGUGGUUUGUUUUUUGCUCCUCUAUCCCUCUUGUUCCUGUACUCUGCUUUUACCGCUGUAGCAUGCUCAAUAAAUACUUCUGUAGCUCUGUA